AUGAUACUCUACUUUGAUGAUGUUCAUCCUACGACGGUCGAAAGCUUCGCACGUUUUCGGCGGAAUCGGAGGAGAUUGCCUCUGAACCAGCAUCAGCAAGACUGUUCCAGUCAAGCCAAACGACAACUGGUCACGAGGAGUCUGCCGCUUUUUCUGGUGGGCCGAUACUUCGAAUCACUUGACCGAACAAAACCCGACUUUUCUUCACAUCAUUCACAUCUGCCCUGUGACACAAGAGCACUUAUGCCAGUGUGUCGUGAUGAGGGACUGCACUAUCUUUCUUCGAUUUCCGCUGGGAAUACAGGCCUGACUAGUUUGGCCAAGUUGAACCUACAGACCGCUCUGCCUGGUAAUGUGUAA